UUUUUCCUUGUUCUUGGUGUAGACUUUAUAGUUAUAAGCUAGCUUUUGAUUAUAAGCACAACCACCAGAAGAGGAUAAUCCCACUAUAUACUCUUCCCUCUCUCUUUCCUUUAUUCCUCUCAAUCUGUUUGAUUUGUAGGAAUUUUUAUGCUUGAGAGCUAGCUAGCAUAGUAUACCACUACUACUCAAGAUCAAUAUUUGAAAAAAAAAAAAAUUAAAGUGGUAUCGAAAAUGGAUCCGAUAGCCGCCGCUCACGGCCGUCCUCUUCCACCGCCGUUCCUGUCAAGAGAUCUCCAUCUCCACCAAUUCCAGCAGCUUCAACACCACCACCAACACCAGCAGCAGCAACAACAACAGCAACAAAACUCCGAAGACGAGCAAAACAGCAACGCCUUAAGCCGAGGACAAAAGCGGGAUCGCGAUGACACCGCCACAACAACCCCCACAACAUCAGAAUUGGGAGGCGGCGGCGGAGGAGGAGGAGGAGGAGCGGGGGAUUCGAUGGAUAUAAUAACCCGAAGGCCACGGGGGAGGCCCGCGGGGUCGAAGAACAAGCCGAAACCACCCAUAAUCAUCACGAGGGACAGCGCCAACGCCCUCCGCUCCCACGUGAUGGAGAUCGCAAACGCCUGCGAUGUCAUGGACUCGAUGUCCGCCUUCGCCCGCCGCCGCCAGCGUGGAAUCUGCGUCCUCAGCGGCACCGGCACCGUCACCAACGUCACCCUACGUCAGCCGGCCUCCCCCGGGGCCGUCGUAUCCCUACAUGGCAGGUUCGAGAUUCUCUCCCUCUCCGGCUCCUUCCUCCCGCCGCCCGCGCCGCCGGCGGCCUCAGGGCUGACCAUAUACCUCGCCGGCGGGCAGGGGCAGGUGGUUGGGGGUAGCGUGGUGGGUCCCCUUAUGGCAUCUGGACCGGUCGUCAUCAUGGCGGCCUCGUUCGGAAAUGCGGCCUACGAGAGGCUUCCGCUUGAGGAGGAGGAUCAAGCGAAUAAUCAGGUCUCGAUGCAGGUAAGCGGAGGGCUUGGAUCGCCGGGGAGUCUUAAUGUCGGACAACAACAACAACAACAACAACCACCGCAACAACAAGAACAAAUGUUACAAGAUCCCAAUACAUCCACACUCUAUCACGGCGUCCCCGCGGCGCAGAAUCUCUUGAAUUCAUGCAAUUUGCCCUCCGACGCGUAUUGGGGCACGGCUGCUCGGCCUCCUUAUUGA